AGAGCAGAGCAAAAGUAAAGAAAAAUGGAAGUAGUAGAGGUCGAUGAGAAGGAGCUCAAAGCCGCCGGAGCAACUCGGUUCUCCGACGGACGCCACGGCAUUCGAAUCCACGGCUGGGAUAUCGAGACCCGCAAGCGCUCCAUUCUCAACUCCUCCACUCGCGAACUGUGGGAGAAGAAGCUGGAGACUUGUCACCUGCCGGAGAUGGUAUUCGGGGAGAGCUGUUUGACCUUGAAGCAUGUGAAGAGUGGCGCCACUGUUCACUUCAAUGCUUUUGAUGCUCUGAUUGGGUGGAAGAAGGAGGCUUUGCCUCCGGUUGAAGUUCCGGCUGCUGCGAAAUGGAAGUUCCGAUGUAAUCCCUCUGAGCAAGUAAUACUGGACUAUGACUAUACAUUCACAACACUGUAUUGCGGAAGUGAAACUAUUGCCAAGGAUGCAGACAAGCAAGGAGGAGAGGUAUCAAAGGAGGCCUGCAAUCUCCACUGGGAGGACUGCAAAGAAAAACUUGAUGUGGUUGCAUUGGCAUCAAAAGAGCCUAUUCUCUUUUAUGAUGAGGUAGUCUUGUAUGAAGAUGAAUUGGCAGAUAAUGGCGUGUCACUUCUAACUGUGAAAGUGAGGGUCAUGCCGAGCAGUUGGUUUCUUCUCUUGCGAUUUUGGCUUAGAGUUGAUGGAGUGCUUAUGAGAUUAAGGGAUACCCGUAUGCACUGUACUUUUGAAAAUAAUGUAAAUCCCAUUAUUCUUCGAGAGAGCUGCUGGAGAGAAGCUACCUUUACAGCGUUGGCUGCAAAGGGAUACCCUUCUGAAGCUGGUGCCUACAAUGAUCCCAGCAUCAUCAGCCAAAGACUUCCUGUGGUCAUGAAUAAGUCCCAAAAACUAAAGGUAUCUAGUGACGUGUAACAUUGUAGAUUAUCGUAAUACACAAAGAUAUAUAAUUUAAUCUCUUCCUAAUGUGUUGGAUUCUAUCGAAUGUAAAAUUUCCUUGAAGCUUCUUUAUGCAAACUCUAUUUUGCUUUUGCUUACAA